GAUACUGAACGGUUGCGUAGGCGCCUGCUAUCAGUGCUACCUCCAGACGUCAAACAUCUUAUCUCGCCACAGAAGAGCAGUGCCGAUAGCAGCAACGACAGCUCGCCCGCCCCUAACCAAGAUGUCGUAGACUCUGUCUUGUCCAUCUUAUCCCCUCUAUUUGAAGAAGAUGCCACAACGAACGGAAACGGUGCCUCAACAGGAAGGAGGCGGAAGAAGAGUAUCAAAGGCUGGGAUGGGGAGAGUGUUAUAAUCUCUCGCAACUACUUAUGUGACAUCGGCGAACAAGACGGUCGGUUGCCAUUCGUCUCUCUUGAGCGACACAUGCUGAUAUUUUCUGCACAGAUCCGCUCAUGCAUCAACGCAUCAUGCAGACCACCGCGAACGCGGACGGCAGUGCCAUAACCCACGUGGUCAUGCAGUGUACCUUGCAAGAGCUUUCCAAAGCCACCGGUCUCCGUGCGGAAGAUGCUGCAUUUGCCCUGGCAGAGUGCGGUCUACUGCGACACAGGACUAUAAGGAAGAUGGACACAAGGGCGGACGAUGAACCACCUGAAGAAGAGGAGUACACUACCGUGACGAGGGAGAUGGUGGAGACUGUGGCAAAAGAGAGGAAUGUAAAGAGGAUGUGUAUGGACUUGAAGCAUGUACUAUUAUGAGACUUCUUUUGCGGCUUCUUGGCCAUAUGUCAAAGACGACUAAAU